UGAGACGACUGGGGCAGAGACUGGAGGAGAGGAGGAAGGAAGAUGAUGGGAGCUAAAAUUAUUCGACACAAGUGACCCACUUCCAACUGUAUAUCCGCUCGUUAGAAGCUUGGUUCUUGGUACUCGAGGAUUCUUAUCACCAACAACGAUGUCGGCGUCAGCGAUAUUUGUCCUGGACUUGAAGGGCAAGGUCCUGAUCUGCCGUAACUACAUGGGAAACAUGGAUAUGAAUGAGAUUGACCACUUCAUGCCAAUUUUAAUGAAGCGAGAGGAAGAAGCAGAGAUGACUCCGCUGGUCACCCACGGCUCCUCGCACUUUCUGUGGAUCAAGCACAACAAUCUUUACUUGGUGGCCAUGACCAAAAAGAAUGCCAAUGCUGCCCUGGUGUACUCCUUCCUUUACAGAAUUGUCCAGGUGUUUCAGGAGUACUUUAAGGAGCUGGAGGAGGAGAGUAUUCGUGACAACUUUGUGACUGUUUAUGAACUGAUGGACGAAAUCAUGGAUUUUGGAUUCCCACAAACAACUGACAGCAAGAUCCUUCAAGAGUACAUUACCCAGCAGGGUCACAAGCUAGAGAUCGGGGCUGUUCGACCUCCUGCCACUGUCACCAAUGCUGUGUCAUGGAGGUCAGAGGGCAUCAAGUACAGGAAGAAUGAAGUUUUUAUGGACGUCAUUGAGUCGGUAAAUUUACUGGUAAGCGCAACUGGCAGCGUCCUCCGAAGUGAAAUAGUGGGUUCCAUUAAGCUCAAAGUAAUCCUUUCAGGGAUGCCUGAACUCAGACUGGGCCUCAAUGACAAAGUGCUGUUUGAAAUCACAGGGAGAGACAAGAGUAAAACCGUGGAGCUAGAGGACGUGAAGUUUCAUCAGUGUGUCCGUCUGUCGCGGUUCCAGAAUGACCGUACAAUUUCUUUCAUUCCCCCUGACGGCGAGAGCGAGCUCAUGUCCUACCGUCUUAACACAACGGUGAAGCCACUCAUAUGGAUCGAGAGCGUGAUAGAGAGGUUCUCCCACAGCCGUAUCGAGAUCAAGGUGAAGGCUCGGAGUCAGUUUAAGAGCCGGUCAACUGCCAACAAUGUAUCCAUUUUUGUGCCAGUGCCCAAUGAUGCAGACUCGCCAAAGUUCAAGACAAGCACGGGCAGCGCCAAGUGGGUGCCUGAGAAGAAUGCGGUGCAGUGGAACAUCAAAUCUUUCCCUGGUGGUAAGGAGUACCUGAUGCGGGCACACUUUGGACUACCCAGUGUGGAGAGUGAGGAGCUGGAGGCAAAAAGACCAAUCACUGUUAACUUUGAAAUACCCUAUUUUACAGUGUCUGGCAUUCAGGUGCGCUACCUGAAGAUUAUAGAGAAGAGUGGUUACCAGGCCUUGCCUUGGGUGCGCUACAUCACACAAAGUGGAGAUUACCAACUCCGGACAAACUAAAGGGUAAAGAUGCUGUUAGACGAAUGGCUCUCUGUGUGUCUUCCUCUGCACUCCUUACAGUAUACCUCCCUGCUUCUUGCUGCGUGCAUGGGACAAAAACAUGUUUUCCCCCCCUUACAAUACUGUUCAUGGAAUUCCUUCAGGUUCGUUUUCAGCAACAUCCUGAUUUCACGUUUUUUCCCAGAUCAUUUUUAAAUGCAGAGACCCAAAGACGUGCAAAUUUCUAAUAUAUUGUACUUUUUUUAUGGUUCAGUGGCUUCACUGAGUAACACCAAGAGAACAAUGCCUUUUUUUUUUUUUUUGAAAAGAACGUAAUCUUGCACAGAAGUGACUGCUUUAUGCCAAGAAAAACAAAUGAUGAUGCAAUUUGAAGCGUAUAGUAGAUCCCUGCUAUUCGCAGGGGUUAUGUCCGAGACUACCCGCAGAUGGCGAGUAAUCGAGAAGCCCCUUCCAAACCCUCCUGCUAGCUUGACGUUGACGUUCUCUGAUUUCGGAUCAACAUCAUCAAUAAAAGUGACUGUUGUAAUUAUUAGAUUAGAUGCAGCUCCUCUUCUCUCUUCAUCACUCCAUACAGUUUAAGGCCCAAAUUAUGUCUCACACACUUAUUCAACACAUUUUAAAUGGCAAAAUGUAUAGGUACUCACCACUAAUGAAUGACCGGAUCAUCGAUUAACAGAACGGAGUCAGGGUCUAGCCUUCAGCCUAGUCGUCAGGCUAGCGCUACAGCCGAGGCGGACUGACAUUGGGGAGUAUUAAUAAUGGCAGCUAUUUAUUUCUUUAUAUAUAUUUAUUGUUGCACCUUGCCUUGGUAGCUACAGGAACAUGCCGCUCUAGACACACAGCGAUCGCUGGUGUCUACAGACACACGCUGUAGACACACAACAGAAGGAACAUGUUGGCACAGUCAGAGUCACCCCUUCCGACACGCAGAACAAGCACUGUGCGUAGGGCACCAUGAUCCAUGCGGCCGGGAGGGCCAUUUUGUGCAUGGCGCCCAUAUGCGCAAAAGAUGCGCAUUGCUGCUGCGACAAGUGCAUGCAGCGUCAAGUCAGUCUGAGGCUUUGUCACCAUUUAAGAGGAUAAAAUCUCAAAAUCCGCAUCCCCUGUUGCCAGUGUCUUAUGGUGUAAUGGUACGCUGUUCCCUGUCAAGGCAGAAGGUGUGCGUUCAAUCCCAUCCCCGAGCAGCUUUUUUGUAAACUAGGGGAGGCUCGUAAGGGGGGUUGGGAUGGGGCCAAUCUGAACCACAAAGCCCAAGGCCGAAUUUUUGUCCCAGUCCACCCGUGCACUCGAGAUUUCUCCAAACCGCGUCUGCAGAAUCCACACUGCUUGCCUGUUGUCAUUGCGGUAACGACCUGUGAUACUAUGUUCACCCGUGUUCACCUCGUUGCAAGUUUUGCUGCCGGAUUGCCUGUCCAAGUUAAGACUUAAUUCACUUUUGGAUGUCACAGCACACGACUGUGGUGCAUUCAAGGACCGCAGAACUAAGUGCAAAAUCUCCAUGCUUGAUGAGAAAACAUUAUCAGUGAAGCACAAAGACAAAAAAUUCGAACAGUGGUAACGUAUGCUGUACAAAUUCUUACGGACUUAUGGUGAAUGAGAUGUGUUUUCUGCUGGAAAAACAAGACUAUUUUUGGAGAAAUAAAUUCAAAUACAAACAAAUAAAAAUCAAUAAAUACAUUUUUGGGGAAAUAUCUGCAAAUUGGAGGCACUGCAACUGCUGAUAAGCGAAUUUGCGGGGAUCAACUGUAUAUGUAAAAUGCUAACGGCAAGGGAUAACCCAUGUUGUAUUUUGGAAUUAUCAUAAACACCAUUUUAUAGUCCUAUCUGAUUGUGUUUUACCUUUGACAUUGCAAUACGGUGUUGUCUACACAGUGUCUGUAUGAGAACCUCUAUAUUGUAUGUUUAUGCCUUAAAUAAACUCUUGUGUCAUCGCCACUAGCACUGUGAACAUAAUCCCCAGUGAAGCAAACCUAAAACCAGCAAACAGGUCAAUGAUUAAUAAGGCAUAAUGCUGUCUGAGACACUGGGAGUGUAACAUUACACCGCUGACGGCCACAUGGAGCCUGUAACCUUGUCCUUGUGCUACAAAUCCUUUUGCAGCUUCUAAGAGAUUCUUAGAGAGUUAGCAGGAUGCAACAUUUGCCAUCUUUACAUCUGGUGUUGCUUGUCACAGCAUGUCUUUUGUGCAAAAUGCGCAAAAGGACAAGAGAAAGGACAGCAUGAAAGCCACAUAGCCUAAAGUGACUGCUUGUCAAUAUGUUUACGCAAUGGUCUUUGCAUUGCUCUGUUUUUAAGCACGUGUAUACGGGUCUUCAAAGUGGUUUUGAGUAUUGUUCUCAUUAUUAUUAUAAAUCUGUACCUGUUUAAGGCAAAACUAUUUUACAAGCAACAUAACAUUGUGUUGUAGGAAGUCAGAAACUGAUAUUCAUGUCACUGGUUGUCAUUCACUGUCAUAAGAAGCAAUGAGACGUAUUUGGAAAUAAAAGGGUUUUUGUACAUUCUA